AUGGUAUUUCCAUCCUCUCCAGCUCCAGCGCAGAGGAUAGCACCAGGCACCUCUGAGAUGAUGAGUUACUAUAUGGACACAACCAUCGGCAACACAGCCCCUUAUCCUUUGGCUCGCCCUGGAGUGAUGAAGCAAGGUGCUGCCGGCCCCUGUGAGGAUCCCUGGGUGACCUGCGGCUUUCAGUCCGCCUGCUGCCAGCCGAGGACGUGCUGCCCGCUCUGGGACGAGCCUGCCACGCAAGAAGUGCCCACCGGCCUGGAGCACUACAGCACAGAUAUGGAAUGUGCAGAUGUGCCUUUAUUAACGCCCAGCAGCAAAGAAAUGAUGUCUCAGGCAUUGAAAGCCACCUUCAGCGGCUUCGCAAAAGAGCAACAGCGGCUGGGAAUCCCCAAAGAUCCCCAGCAGUGGACGGAGACGCACGUGCGGGACUGGGUGAUGUGGGCGGUGAACGAGUUUAGCCUGAAGGGAGUGGAUUUCCAGAAGUUUUGCAUGAACGGAGCUGCCCUCUGCGCCCUGGGCAAGGAGUGCUUCCUGGAGCUAGCGCCUGACUUUGUGGGAGAUAUCCUUUGGGAACACCUGGAGAUCUUGCAGAAAGAAGAGGUAAAACCGUACCCAGCAAAUGGAGUGAAUACAACAUAUCCAGAAUCCCGCUAUACUUCAGACUACUUCAUUAGUUAUGGCAUCGAGCAUGCACAGUGUGUGCCUCCCUCUGAGUUCUCUGAGCCCAGCUUCAUCACAGAGUCCUACCAGACCCUCCAUCCCAUCAGCUCGGAAGAGCUCCUGUCCCUCAAGUACGAGAACGACUAUCCCUCAGUCAUCCUGCGUGACCCAGUCCAGACGGACUCCCUGCAGACAGACUACUUCACAAUCAAGCAAGAAGUAGUAAUGCCAGAUAACAUGUGCAUGGGACGUGCCAGUCGAGGUAAACUGGGCGGCCAGGACUCCUUCGAGAGCAUAGAGAGCUAUGACAGCUGCGACCGGCUGACGCAGUCCUGGAGCAGCCAGUCCUCCUUCCAGAGCCUGCAGCGUGUCCCCUCCUACGACAGCUUUGACUCGGAGGACUACCCCGCCGCCCUGCCCAACCACAAGCCCAAGGGCACCUUCAAGGACUAUGUUCGAGAUCGGGCCGAUAUGAACAAGGACAAGCCUGUCAUUCCUGCUGCUGCCCUUGCUGGCUACACAGGCAGUGGACCCAUCCAACUGUGGCAAUUCCUGCUGGAACUGCUCACUGACAAGUCCUGUCAGUCCUUCAUCAGCUGGACGGGCGAUGGCUGGGAAUUCAAGCUUUCCGACCCAGACGAGGUGGCCAGGCGAUGGGGCAAGAGGAAAAACAAACCCAAGAUGAACUACGAGAAGCUGAGCCGCGGCUUGCGCUACUACUACGACAAGAACAUCAUCCACAAGACGGCCGGGAAACGCUACGUCUACCGUUUCGUCUGCGACCUGCAGAGCCUUCUGGGCUACACACCCGAGGAGCUCCACGCCAUGCUGGACGUCAAGCCGGAUGCCGAUGAGUGAAGACGGCCGGCCGGGGCGGAGGAUCACCCCGUGUCAUUUUGGAGAGUCAAUGGGACUUUUUCUGUUGGUUCUUUUAUAUUUUUGCUGUUAUUUUUGUUGUUCGUUUUUUUUUUU